AUGAGAAUUAUAGAACUUCGCAAUGUUUCCUUCAUGUUGCCUGACAGCGAUUUCAAAAUGGCCCCGCCGCGUGGGCCGCCUCCGCGUGCGCCAUGCAGGUCAUCGUCGGCAUCGGCGGGGGGGCGGGGGGGGGGGGGCGCCCUGCCCAGCUGCAGCGUGGUGCACCAGGACGACUUCUUCAAGCCCCAAGACGACAUCCGGACGGAGGGUGGAUUCAAGCAGUAUGAUGUGAUCGGUGCCCUGGACAUGGACGCCAUGAUGAGCACUAUCAACGCCUGGAGAAAGAACCCGGUCAAGUUUGAACGCUCGCACGGCAUCAACAACACCCUGGGGGCCAGCCUCACGCAGGGCUCGGAGGACGGGGGUGACUCCCUCCACAUCCUCAUUGUGGAAGGCUUCCUGCUGUACACGUACAGACCACUGAUUGAAGUAUUCAACCAUCGGUACUUCCUUUCUAUUCCAUAUGAAGAAUGCAAGAGGAGGAGGAGUUCAAGAAAUUACACUGUACCAGACCCACCUGGAUUGUUUGAUGGCCACGUCUGGCCUAUGUAUGUAAAACACAAAAGGAUAAUGGAAGAUCUUAAAGUCGAUGUGGUGCACUUGGAUGGAACUAAAUCAAGGGAAGAGCUUUUUAAUGAAGUAUAUGGACAAAUCCAGAACAAGAUUGAAGAAUUACUGAAUAUGCAGAGAUAGACAAGCAGUGCAUGGAUCCUUACAAUCCAAGAAGAUGCCUCUUAGUACUUUAACUUAUUUGUGUACCAGACUUUGGCAACUAAGUCUCAGCUUCUGUGAAGACUUCAUUUUUUUUUUAAUUGGACUCUUCAGUUUUCGCCUGAAAACCAGUUACAUUUGGCCUUGAUUAAAAAGAUUUUUUUUCCAUCUGA